AUGCGUUUCCUCAUACCCCUCUCUGUCCUCCUCGUCUCCACGCUAGCCUCCCCUAAUGACUUCAAUGACAUCUUGGGUGAGAUCUAUGGCGACUGCGGAGGCGCUUGUGCUUCUACCGAGUUCAAAGACAGCAAGGCUGACUGUGGAGACCCGAGCAGCUCCGCAUCAAACGCCUGUUUCUGCAAGAAUUACGUCAAUAUUUUCUCUGAUGUCGAUAUGACACGGUUUGGAACGUGUAUCUCUGGGUGUAACCUGGACAUUAGCAACCUGGACUAUUCAAAGUUGGCACAAAAUGUUGGCAACAUCUGCGGCUCAAACUUGGGUGUUGAUACCACUGACAAUGGGGCGUUACCGAGUAACACCGCCAGUUCCAGUACAGGGGGACCAGGGUCAACUUCCACCGCUGUAGCGUCAAGCCCUUCUCACACUGGUGCUGCUAGCACAAUUGCGAGCUCCAAAACUGCACUCAUUCUGGGUGCCUUGGCCUUCUUUUGUUACGCUCUGUGA